AUGUCGGUAACACUGCCUAAAUCUCAGUCCGACAGUAACAACCAGUCAACUAAAGCUGACAGUAACAACCGGUCAACUAAAGCUGACAGUAACAAUAAGUCAACUAAAGCUGACAGUAACAACCAGUCAACGAAAGCUGACAGUUACAACCGGUCAACUAAAUCCGACAGUAACAACCAGUCAACUAAAUCCGAGAGUAACAACCAGUCAACUAAAGCUGACAGUAACAAUAAGUCAACGAAAGCUGACAGUAACAAUAAGUCAACUAAAGCUGACAGUAAUAACCAGUCAACUAAAGCCGACAUUAAUAACCAGUCAACUAAAGCUGACAGUGACAAUAAGUCAACUAAAGCUGACAGUAACAAUAAGUCAACGAAAGCUGACAGUAACAAUAAGUCAACUGACAGUAACAAUCAGUCAACGAAAGCUGACAGUAACAAUAAGUCAACGAAAGCUGACAGUAACAACCAGUCAACUAAAGCCGAUAGUAACAACCGGUCAACUAAAUCCGACAGUAACAACCAGUCAAUUAAAGCUGACAGUAACAACCAGUCAACUAAAUCCGACAGUAACAACCAGUCAACUAAAGCUGACAGAAAUAACCAGUCAACUAAAGCCGACAGUAACAACAAGUCAACUAAAGCCGAUAGUAACAACCAGUCAACUAAAUCCGACAGUAACAACCAGUCAACUAAAGCUGACAGUUACAACCGGUCAACUAAAUCCGACAGUAACAACCAGUCAACUAAAGCUGACAGUAACAACCGGUCAACUAAAUCCGACAGUAACUACCCGUCAACUAAAGCCGAUAGUAACAACUGGUCAACUAAAUCCGACAACCAGUCAACGAAAGCUGACAGUAACAACCAGUCAACUAAAUCCGACAGUAACAACCAGUCAACAAACGCUGACAGUUACAACCGGUCAACUAAAUCCGACAGUAACAACCAGUCAACAAAAGCCGACAGUAACAACCAGUCAACUAAAGCUGACAGUUACAACGGGUCAACUAAAUCCGAGAGUAACAACCAGUCAACUAAAGCUGACAGUAACAACCAGUCAACUAAAGCAGACAGUUUCAACCGGUCAACUAAAUCCGACAGUAACAACCAGUCAACAAAAGCCGACAGUAACAACCAGUCAAAUAAAGCUGACAGUAACAACCAGUCAACUAAAUCCGACAGUAACAACCAGUCAACAAAAGCCGACAGUAACAACCGGUCAACUAAAUCCGACUGUAACAACCAGUCAACUAAAGCUGACAGUAACAAUAAGUCAACUAAAGCUGACAGUAACAAUAAGUCAACUAAAGCCGACAUUAAUAACCAGUCAACGAAAGCUCUUUAG